UAGAAGCCUAACCAUAUUAGUAUAGUAUCCAACAUUUUCAACCCACUUUAUUUUUUUUAAUAUAUGUGACACUUUCUGAUAUUUUUGUAGAGUAGUACUUCACUUUUGAGAUUAAAACGUAGCCAUACAAACCUUAUCAAAUGCUAAGAGAGAAUACGAGAAAGAGGGAUUAUUAUUAAUGGUGUUAAAUAUCUACCAAGUAGGAAAACUAUAGUCGAAGAAGAAUGUUGAUGGCAGCAGUAGCAGAACCCUCUGUUUGUGUAUUAUCUUUCAGGAAAAUCAGAAUUGGGUAUCAACGUGGAUCACUGAAAUCAAUCUCGCAGGGGUUUAAAUUAGGGUUUUUAAAUUCCGGAAAAAAAUUCAAAUGGAAAGCGAGUUUAUAUUUAGUUACAAAUCCAGAUGAUUUCCAAGUUGGUCCUUUUCUUGGCAGCUAUGGAUUUUUCAAUGUUACCAGCUAUUCAGGGUUUCAAAGUGGUGUAGAUUAUGGGUAUUUAUCAGAGGAUAUGGGGAAAUUGAAAACUCAAGAUAUUGGUGAAGGAGGAGUUGAAAUCAGGCUAUAUGAAGGAAGAAUUACUCAAGGUCAUUUGAGAGGCACUCCUGUCUUGUUUAAGGUAUAUCCUGGACAAAGGGCAGGUGGUGUGGAGGCAGACAUGAUGGCUGCCAAUGAGUUAAGCACUCACGCUUUUCUCCAGAGUAGAUCCGAAGAAGUAUGUGAGAAUCUCCUGAUAUUGUUAGGUGGAUUUGAGACAAAAACUGGUGAGCAGUGGCUUGCUUUUCGCUAUGAUGGAAAAUACAGUACAGCAGACUAUGCAAAGAUCGCCAGCGAAAAGCUGACAAAAAAUAAGGCUCUUGAAUCACAAUCAUUUUGGAAUCCUUUUGAACAAAGGCAAAUAUUUAAACAGAGACGCUUUUUCGUCGUUAAGAUGCUUCAGGGAAUAUCUAAUGGCCUAGUCUACAUGCAUGACCAUGAAAGAUUACAUCAGAGUCUUGGACCAGCUUCCGUUGUUCUCAAUACAAUAUACGAUAGGGAAGCUGCUUACCAGACGGCAAGACUUCGAGAUCUUUCAUUUUCAGUCGAUAUAAGUUAUUCAUCAUUAGAGAAAGGCCCAGGAGCAUUGUCGGAAGGACUUUGGAGACGAGCUAUUUCAGCUGGUGCAUAUAAUCCUAUUGAGAAAAGAAACUUUGGGAUUGCAGAUGACAUAUAUGAAGCAGGUCUUCUAUUCGCAUACUUAGCUUUCGUUCCAUUUUGUGAAUCUGGCAUCAUGGAUAGUCUAUCAUUACAAAGGCUUUUGGAGAACACUUUUCAGCUCGAUCUUCAAGCAGUCAGAGAAUACUGUUUGGCUGAUGAUCGCUUGAUAGAGGCGGUCAAGUUCUUAGAUCUUGGUGAUGGUGCUGGAUGGGAGCUACUCCAGGCGAUGUUGAAUCCUGAUUACAGGAAGCGACCAGUUGCUGCAGCUGUGCAAAGCCACCGUUUUGUCACUGGAGUUGUUUUGUAGGUUUGGAACUUUGAGCGACUUCUGACUCAAAAAUAAAGCUGUAUAUCAUCGUAAGAUCUUAGAACUUAGUCCAUUACGUUAUACCGCAAGUUCUUCCACUUCUUUUAUGUACCAUCUUUAGUCCUACUAAUGAACAAAUGUAUACUUCAAUUAGUGAGCUGAAAUUCAAGUAAACAUGUUUUACACUAUCAA